AUGGCUACACAACCCUUCGCCGGCCUGGCGCCGAAGAUCAAGGCCCAGUACGCUGCUGCGCUCAAGGCUGGCACAUUAUUGUUCACCGAGAGCGAGGUGGUCGAGUUGGACGAUGAGCGAACUGGGAUCCCGUUUGAAGUCCGCUUCGCACCGGCACUCGCAAAGAAGCCAACGGACCAGGGCAAGGGCGAGCAGAAGGGCGAACGGCGAGACGCUCCUCCGGACCCGUUCGCUCCGCCGUACCAGCAGGACUUGUACGUGGCCGAAGACGUCGUCAAGGAGGACGAGCACGAUGCGGGCGAGGGCUUUGUGGUGUUGCUCAACAAGUUCUGCGUAACGCCCCGGCAUUUCCUCCUCGUCACAAAGGAGUUUGUCAAGCAGACGACGCCGCUCUCGCCCGUCGAGAUCUACACAGCGUGGUCCAUCCUCAAGCAGCUGAGCUCUCGGGAGAAGCACCUCGCCUUCUUCAACUGCGGCGCGGACAGCGGAGCCUCCCAACCGCACAAGCACCUCCAGUUCAUCCCGCUGUCGAAUGGUGUGGCCCCGUUCGACUCCUUCAUUGACGAGCACAAGCCGAAGAACGAGAAAUCGUGCUUCCAACUACCCCUCCCUUACGCCAACUUCACUGCCCUCCUCGACGUCCCCUCAGAUCCCAGCGAAGCACCUGCCUACCUCGGUCACCGCUUCCUGGAGCUCCUCGACCUCAUGAUCGACCACCGGCGGCGACUCGCGGAGGAAGACCCCUCGCUGGCGAGCGGUCCAGUCCGGCUGUCCGAACUCUCCUACAACGUCGUCAUGACCGCCUCGUACAUCCACCUCGUCCCUCGGAGACGGGAAAAGUUCACGACGUCGACGGGACGGGCGAUCUCGAUCAACUCGCUCGGCUUUGCGGGCAUGAUCCUGGUCAAGGAGCAGGAGGCGCUGGACGAGGUCAAGGAGGUCGGCGUGCUGAAGGUGCUGGAGAAUGUUGCGUUCAGGCCAGUGGAGCUCGGAGAUACCCAUGCGGCGGACGCUAUCGUCGCGUGCGGUGGGUUGGCGUGA